GAGGCCAAUGGCUGCAGCCGGCGCGCCGGAGCCGGCGGAGGAAGCCAGCUGUAGACAGGAAAUGCGUCAGCCGGGCGUCGCCACGUGUGCGACUCAGGGUCGGAGGACCUGGAAGUGCCAGGACCAGGUUGGGACGCGGGACGCCCCCUGUCUGCGCUGAGCGGGGCUGCGAAAAGCAUCAAGAAACACCCCCCCGGGCGAAUGGGGGCUGGGAUCUCCUUCCCUCAUCAUCGCUGGGAGCCAUGACUGCCCCGGGCUCCUGGGUCCCCUUCCGGACGCUCCUCAAGGUGACCGUCUGCCUGCUGGCCAUCAUGACCUUCUCCUUCCUCAUCCACGUAAGCAGCCGGUUCCCCUCCGCAUGGCAGAGGCUCCCCUCCCCAAAUACAAUGAAGGGGUCCCCAGCCAUGCCUCCCGCCACAACACCCCCAACAGAGUGGGGCAUGUGGACCGUGAACUCCAUCGGGCGCCUGGGGAACCAGAUGGGGGAAUACGCCACCCUCUACGCCCUGGCCAAGAUGAACGGGCGCCAGGCCUACAUCCUCCCAGAGAUGCACCGGCAGCUGGCGCCGCUCUUCCGCAUCACCCUGCCCGUGGUCUCCAGCGACGUGGUCCGGAGCGUCCCGUGGAGGAACUACGAGCUCCACGACUGGAUGUCGGAGGAGUACAGGCACAUCGAGGGGAAAUACGUCCGGCUGACGGGCUACCCCUGCUCCUGGACCUUCUACCACCACCUCCGGCAGGAGAUCCUCCAGGAAUUCUCCUUCCACGACCACAUCAAGGAGGAGGCCAACCGGUACCUGGCCGGGCUGCGUGGGCAACGCCGGAAAGUGACCUACGUGGGCGUCCACGUCCGGAGGGGGGAUUACAUCCAGGAGAUGGCCACGCACUGGAAGGGGGUGGUGGCAGACAAGGCCUACCUGGAGAAGGCCAUGGGCUACUUCCGGGACAAGUACCAGGAGCCGGUCUUUGUGGUGACCAGCAACGGGAUGGAGUGGUGCCGGGAGAACAUCAACGCCUCGCGGGGGGACGUGUAUUUCUCGGGGGACGGGAAGGAGUCGUCGCCGGGGAGGGACUUUGCUCUCUUGGCCCAUUGCAACCACACGAUCAUGACCAUCGGGACCUUCGGCAUCUGGGCCGGUUACCUGGCUGGGGGGGAGACCAUCUACUUGGCCAACUACACCCUCCCCGACUCCCCCUUCCUCAAGAUCUUCAAGCCUGCAGCUGCCUUCCUGCCCCAGUGGAUCGGGAUCAACGCCGAUCUCUCCCCGCUGCGGGGUGGUGCGACUGGCUAAAGGAGCUCAGCUGGUGGCCACAGGCUGCCAACGGGAUCCACCCGCCAGGACUUGGCGAGGAGCCG